UGUCUCGGAUCCCGGACGGCAGAAAGACGUCCAGUUUCAGGUGAGAGGACACACUGACAGGAGCUGAGGCUUCAGAGAAUUAAAGGUUCUGCUGCUGGUUCUGGUUCUGCUCAAGCUGAACCAUGGAUGAAAACUCCUCAGACAUGUUUUGGGGGACGCUCGGCACUGUCCGACCCUUCCCCAACUUCUACCCGGACCGAGACGCGGCGGACAUCCAGGCGGCGCUGGAGAGGAAAGACAUGGCGGCGCUGGUGAGGAUCCUGACCAACCGCAACAACGCCCAGAGACAAGCCGUCGCCCAGAGCUUCCAGGACAAAACCAAGCAGGAUCUGAGCGACGCUCUGAAGAAGGUUCUGUCCGGAGACCUGGAGGAGCUGCUGCUGCAGCUGGUGAUGCCGCCGGAGCAGCUGGAAGCCCAGCGGCUGAAGGCGGCCAUGGCGGGUCUGGGCACCGAUGAGGAAACUCUGCUGGAGAUCUUGUGUUGCCGCUCCAGGAAGACGCUGCAGGAAGUGGCUGCCGCCUACAGGCAGAUGUAUAAGAAGGAUCUGGAGAAGGAGCUGAAAGCAGAAACCAGUGGAGACUUCGCCCGGCUGGUUGUGGCUCUGCUGAAUAAAGCCGUUACUGCAGGCUCUGUCCAGAGAGACGUUCAGGCUCUCGCUGCGUCUCUCAGUGGGAAGAAAGCAGAAGCCGGACCUUGGAUCAACAUCCUGACGUCCAGGGACUCGAAUCACCUGGAUAAAGUGCUGAUGGAGCUGGAGCUGGAGACGGGGCAGACGGUGGAUCAGCUGCUGGAGAAACACUUCUCAGGAGACUUCCGGCUCGGCCUGAGAGUUUUAGUUCAGUGCAUCCAGAACCCCCAGGUCUACCUCGCCCAGAGACUGCUCACCAUGAAGACGUCGCUGGUUCAGGGCAUCAUGGUGUCCCAUAGCGAGGAGGACCUGCUGCCAAUCCGCGCGGCGUUCCUCAGGCUCAGCGGAUCGUCUCUCUACUCCACUCUGCAGAAACAUUUUAAAGGGGAGCAGCUGCUGGCUCUACAGGCCGUCUGUCGGUCUGAAGAUUAAACUGAACCGCCUCUCCAGGAACCUGUUUAUUCCUAUUUCAUAUCUUCUUUUCAUAUUAAUGACGUUUCUGACUUUCAUCUGUAACUUAUUAACUUUUACCACUUUGUGCUGCUGGAACACUGUGGUCCUUUGUUUGAAGACAGAACUCAUUAAAACUUUAACAUGCAAACAAA